AUCGCAGCCGCAGAGCGGGCAGCACUCAGCGACCGUUGUGCGGACGUCCGUCAGCGGCCCGUCGCAGCAGCAGGUGCUCUUCUACUCCAGCGUGCAGCGGCGUGGCGGCGUCUUCACGAAGACGGCGCAGGAGACAACGGCGCAGCUCGCACGCACAGGCGUCCUGCCGAACUCGACGGCGGCCCGUAAGAGGGCCCGAGCGGCGCUGGAGGAGGCGGAGGGAAAGCCGCAGACGCUGCGUGGCCGCUUUGUGGAGAUGCAGUCGGCGAGGGCGCAGGAGGAGCUGCAGCAGGCGAAGACGCGCGUGGCGAAGAAGGACGGCGGGAAUCGCUUCGCCGUCGACACGGACGAUGAUAGCGAUGAGGCGUGA